CGGCACGCUCUCCUUAGUAACUUCAGCGGAUGGAUCUCCUUUCGCCUCGAACAAAACAGAAGCGUAACGACGUCGCCCACAGUUCGUAAAUCACUGCCGAACUACUUUCACGGCGGGGAGCGGUAAUUCGAGCUGCUGUCGCAAAGCUGACGCAACGAAGACGUAAAAUAAUUGACAGCGUAGAUAGGCAAUGAGAGAGUAAAGUCGACGCAGGAGCUUGUGAGGAUUGGACGUGGCUGGGGAAAGUAGUGAGCGUGCCGUGAGGGGGCGGGCCCAAGGACGGUGCUGGCCCCAGGCUAAUACUCUUCGGGCCCUGUCAGAGGUUGGUUGAGGUGGUCCUUGCGAGGGCCUCGGUGUAUUAAGCCUUUUUCACAUGUGACAAACACAAUUGUGAACAAUGGCAUCCGAAUUAGAGAAGCUAAAUCCAAGCGCCAGGAUAAUGACUUUCCAUCCAACUAUGGAAGAGUUCAAAAAUUUCAGCCGAUACGUUGCAUACAUAGAGUCCCAAGGAGCCCAUCGAGCUGGACUGGCAAAGGUUGUUCCUCCUAAGGAAUGGAAGCCAAGAAGAUGGUAUGAUGAUAUUGAUGAUUUGAAUAUCCCUGCUCCCAUUCAGCAAGUCGUCACUGGCCAGUCAGGUCUCUUCACACAGUAUAACAUCCAGAAGAAAGCUAUGACAGUCCGCGAGUUCAGAAAGAUAGCGAACAGUGAUAAGUAUUGUACACCUCGGUAUACAGACUUUGAAGAUCUUGAACGCAAAUAUUGGAAAAAUCUUACAUUCAAUGCUCCAAUCUAUGGUGCAGAUGUUAAUGGCACACUCUAUGACAAGCAUGUAGAUGAGUGGAAUAUUGGCCGUCUGAAUACAAUUUUGGAUAUUGUGGAGAAUGAAAGUGGCAUUACCAUUGAAGGGGUGAAUACACCGUAUCUCUAUUUUGGGAUGUGGAAAACUUCCUUUGCUUGGCACACUGAGGACAUGGAUCUCUACAGUAUCAACUACUUGCAUUUUGGAGAACCAAAAUCAUGGUAUUCUGUUCCUCCAGAGCAUGGGAAACGGCUAGAACGUCUUGCUAAAGGUUUCUUUCCCGGAAGUGCACAGAGCUGUGAAGCUUUUCUCCGUCACAAGAUGACCCUGAUUUCUCCAUCAAUACUGAAGAAGUAUGGCAUCCCAUUUGACAAGAUUACCCAAGAAGCAGGUGAAUUCAUGAUAACCUUUCCUUAUGGAUAUCAUGCUGGUUUUAAUCAUGGCUUCAACUGUGCUGAAUCUACUAAUUUUGCCACACUCCGGUGGAUUGAGUAUGGAAAGCAAUCGGUUCUAUGUUCAUGCCGAAAGGACAUGGUCAAAAUCUCCAUGGAUGUUUUUGUGAGGAAAUACCAGCCAGAUCGCUACAAGCUCUGGAAAGCAGGGAAAGAUACAACAUCCAUUGAUCAUACUCUUCCGACACCAGAGGCAGCAGAGUUUUUCAAGGGCGAACUACUCCAGAAAGUUAAAAAUGAGAAACAGUGCCCUGAGGAACUGGAACUGGAAGAAGAAUGCAAAUCAGAUGAAGAGACAGAAAAGAAGAAUGUGCCCAGGCAUCGCAUUGGAACUAAGCGACACCGGGUCUGCUUGGAGGUUCCUCAUGAAGUGAGCCAAAGUGAAGCCUUUCCAAAGGAGGAGUUUGCCGCAGUGCAAUUCGAGAUGGAUGUUGCAGAGUCUUCAGUUGGACCUGCUAGGGAGCCUGUGCAGCAAGGAGACCAAGGGCUUGCACCCCCAGAAUAUGGAGAUUCCUCAGAUGUAAAAUUUGAAGAACUGAAAAAUGUCAAACUGGAUGAGGAGGAGGAAGAGGAGGAGGAACCAGAAGCAGCUGUUCUGGAUCUCUCCAUUUCACAUUCUGUGACUUCAGCUUUGACCCAGUCUGCCAUGAAGCAGCAGAGCUCUGUCUCCAGCCUGCAGUCUAGUUCUUCUCUCUCUUCAGGUUCCUCAGAUUCGGAACCAUCUGAUUUCCCCAGGCAGGCUGUGGAGCAGACCGAGAUCCUCACAGUGCACAGUUAUGCUAAAGAAGAAGCCAAUGGCAUGAACAAUGAAUGGCCCUCUGGGAAGAACGCCAGUGCUACAGCCAGUGUGAAUGAACAGGAGCUUGCAAAAAUGGCGAAGGAAUACAUAAGAUCAGUAAAAGAUCGUAAGAAAUCAAAAGGGCGUCGCCAGCCCUUGAGCAAACUCCCACGACAUCAUCCACUACUUGUUAAAGACAGCUUCAGUGAUGACGAAAUGUCAGAGCAGGUGGCACUGGAAGAGGAAACUGAGGAGACAGAAGCAUGGGCAAAGCCCCUCAGCCAACUAUGGCAGAAUCGCCCUCCAAACUUUGAGGCAGAAAAGGCAUAUAAUACAGCUAUGGCUCAGCAGGCUCCCUACUGUGCAGUCUGCAUGCUCUUCCAGACCUACCAGGCAGAUUGUGGAAACCAGAGCUCACAGGUGGUUCCAGAUGCUGCUGAUGGAAAGAUGAGAACCAAACCUCUAAUUCCUGAGAUGUGUUUUACUACCACUGGUUGCAGCACAGAUGUCAGUCUCUCUACACCUUACUUGGAGGAAGAUGGCACCAGUCUUCUGAUCACUUGCAAGCGCUGCAGAGUCCGUGUGCAUGCCAGUUGUUAUGGAGUAGCCCCUGAGAAGGCAACUGAAGACUGGAAAUGCUCUAGAUGCAAAGCUAAUGCUUUAGAGGAGGAUUGCUGCUUGUGCUCACUUCGAGGAGGUGCACUGCAAAAAGCUAAUGACAACAAGUGGGUCCAUGUCAUGUGUGCUGUGGCAGUUCUGGAGGCUAGAUUUGUGAACAUUGCCGAACGCAGUCCAGUGGAUGUCAGCAAAAUACCACUGCAGCGCUUCCGGCUGAAAUGUGUCUUCUGCAAGAAGCGGCGGAAGCGAAUUGCUGGCUGCUGUGUACAGUGUUCUCAUGGCCGCUGUCCUACAUCCUUCCAUGUUAGCUGUGCGCAAGCAGCUGGAGUCAUGAUGCAGCCAGAUGACUGGCCUUUUGUAGUCUUCAUUACUUGCUUCAGACAUAAAAUCCCAUCCCAGGCAGAGCGAGCCAAGGCUGCUCUACAGGAUCUUGCUGUGGGGCAGGCUGUUAUCAGCAAGCACAAGAAUGGGCGUUUCUACCAAUGUGAAGUGGUCAAUUUAACCAAGGAAACCUUUUAUGAGGUCAACUUUGAUGAUGGAUCUUUCAGUGAUAAUCUGUACCCUGAAGACAUUGUGAGUCGUGACUGUGUCCAGCUGGGCCCCCCAGCUGGAGGGGAAGUUGUUCAAGUCAGAUGGACAGAUGGACAGGUCUAUGGAGCUACAUUUGUAGCUUCACAUGUAAUCCAGAUGUACCAGGUGGAGUUUGAAGAUGGAUCACAACUGAUGGCAAAGAGGGAUGAUGUGUACACACUUAAUGAAGAGCUUCCCAAAAGAGUCAAGUCAAGACUGUCUGUGGCCUCUGAUAUGCGUUUCACAGAGAUCUUCACUGAGAAGGAGGUCAAGCAGGAAAGAAAAAGACAGAGGGUGAUCAACUCGCGCUACCGUGAGGAUUAUAUUGAGCCUGCACUGUACCGUGCCAUUAUGGAGUAGCGGCAGGAUUGCAGUGGCCAUCUCCAGGUGAAUCCCAGCACUUCAGCACAGCAAAGGCCAAACAGAUAGUCUUCGAAUCCAGGUUUUUAAAAUAUGAGAUGAACCCCAACUUGAUUCUGCAGCACCUUGAAGAUAGUUGUCAAAUAAUGAAACAGUAUUGGCCGUACUGGAAAACUCAAACUUUAGAAUAUGGGAGUGCAUCUCUGACUUCUUGAACCAGUUGUCUUACAACCAGCUUGAUGGCUCCACCUUUGGCAAUGAGUUUCUUUAUGCAUACAAACUCUUCUUUGCUGGAGGCAAAUCUUUUUAUUAUCAUCCCAGAGAGCAACUGAGACGGAUGCAAUGUUGUGGAUGACACCCCCCCUUCUCCUGGAUUAAAUGUGUGGUUCUGGGACCGUUUCCUAACUCACCAUGCCUGCACAAGCUGGCAGUGUUACUGGUGCUUGACAAUGAAUUCCUUUUUAUAUUUAUAACUGUUUUUGUCACGAGCACACUUUUUUCAGUAUCGCCUCUCUGAAAUAGAGCGGAAGGGAGCUGAAGAAGGGAGAGUGAAACUGAUUAGCUCUCUUUACUCCAAAUUUCUUGAAUCUUUGAUUAAGCUUUUGUCCCUAUUUUAUAUUCAGAGACUUAUUUACUCAUGCGUUUAAUUGUAAUAGUAUGUGCCUAUGUAAUAGGAAACUGUUUGGAGCCAUUUAGCACCGUGCAUUCCCCAGGCAAGGAAAUCUGGGGAAGCGCCUGUCAUUAAGGCAAUAAGGACUGCAGGGAUCUCAGUGCCCUGUUCCUUUCAGGAAAUCAACAAAUGGGCCCAACCGUAUAUUACAGCUACUUUGGAAAGUAGUCAUAACUUCAUCUCGCUGGCAUUGGCUCCAGUCCAAUUUAAGUAUUCAUAAAUGAUGUCAAAGGUCAGUAUUACUGGGGGGUUUCCAUUGAAGAGCCUUGGGCUAAUUUUGCCCCAAACCAUACUAGUAAGAAUAGGAACAGGGCAUAUAUGAAUUUGAUCUGAUUUUAUGUGGGGGGAUUGGUGAGGAAAAGCCAAGAGGUAUAAUUUUGGGCAGGGCUUCCUUUCUAUAAAGCUGUGAAGGAACAUUUAAUUCAGUGUGUUCCAGAACAAGUACAAAGCUCUUUCUGUAGUUACAACUGUGCCCUUGUAGUCUAUGGCCAUACACCCAUAUGUCAUCUGACCUUUGAAGAUCAAUUUAUCCUUGAAUUCAUUGGUUGCUCUAGCAAACAAUGUAUCUCUUUGGUUAGUUAAUUUUUUUGGCUGCACAUGGAUGGUACAUAGCAAAUUUUUAGAGGUAGGAAACCUUGACAUGCAAGACGCUGAGUACAGGGGGUUAAGGGCACUGAUUUUAGAGCAGCUGUGCGGUAUAAAUUGCACUUCAUAAAAUAACAGUUGAUUGGUCCAACAUUUGCCCAAUUUGUUCUUCAUUCUGCAGACACAAAAUCUUCCUUUCCUUGCUCUUCUCCUUUUAAUUAGUUGGACUCCUGGGUAUACCCUCAGGCAGUGUAGACAGAAGGAAAGAUGCAAACCGUGUUAAUCAGUAUUGUAUAUUAGUUAAUAGAGUUUGAGCAGGUCUGUCUCUGUAAGAGUUCAUCUUCUUCAGAAGCGCAAUAUAUGUGCUAUCAAUUUUUGAAAUACCAUUUAGUGUUGAGUGGACACAAACACACAAAUAACAUGAAAAUAAUAAUGGUAACUGCAAGUGAUGCUUCAUAUUUUGGUGCCCCCUGUGGCAGUCCUGUGAGAGAUGUUAUCCCCCAAUUUUUUAAUGCUUUUGGAGGAAUUUCCAUUAAUAUUUUUUUCACUUUCUAAAGUGUUUUGUGCAACCGUACAAAAUUAGUUAAUAGUACAAAGUUAUAUACUUCAGGAUAUAAUAUAUUCCCUCUGACAGUAUUCCUCCAAUUCCCCCGGGUAUGUUCUUAUUGAUAAGCAGAGAUACUCUAAGCCUGGAGGCUAUUGCUGUUUCAGGUGGCAUUUCCAGCAUCCUGAGUCCAGAAAGAUUGUUUGCUUGAACAUCUUGCUCAGCAACAUUCAGCUGUCCAAUGUGAUAUACACUGAAAUGCUUCUCUUGGCCUGUUCUUAAAUGUGGCUUAUUUUUGCCUUGGCCUCAGAAAUGGGCUUUUUAAAAAUUUAUCCUGAAACAAUCAAGAGCAAAAAAUAAAAUAAAAUCAUGAAAUUUAUAGAAUAUCUCCUUUUGGCUAUGCUCCACUAUGUCUUUGAAUUGAAAAUUAAAGGCAUAUAUCUCUGAAUAAAUAUGUUUUUGAACAAUAGCUGUGCUGUAGUUCAGGACAUUUGUAAAGUUUUUUCUGAAUACAUAUCAGAGGUUGGAUACAUCAUUUAGUUUCUGGGGCUCUCUCUCCUUGUUCUGGCAUAUGAGGGAAUGCCAGAUCAAAUUGCUACAGGUUACAUGCAAAUCUGAGAACUAAAUAGUGUGCAAAUAAUAUGCAUACAUACUGGAUGGACCAACACACUUUGUGAGAAGUUUAGGGAUCCUGUCCAAAACUUAACAGAAAUAUUUAUCUUUCACUAAUAUCUUUUCUCUCUCUGGUCUUUGCUUUAAUUCAGAUCAGUGAUCUGAAUUAAAGCAUUUUUUCAUCUUGGCUCAGGCUAAGAAACCAGGAAUGUAGCAAACCAAGUAUCUGUCUCUCAGUGUGUUGAUCAAUUGUGAAUUAAUUUUACAUUAGAAUGAAUUGCAGAAAUUCCCUCCUAUUAAUGUUUUGAGGAGUUAAACUCCAAUUACUUUGUUUAUUCUCCUACAUUAAACACACAUCUCUGAAUUAAAAUGCAGUGGGCUUAGUCAAAGAGCAGAUUAAGCUGUAUGAAAAAUACAUGAUCUGCCAUGACUCCCUCUAAAGUAGACUCCAGUAAUUCCUGACCUGUUUGAAGUUGCACUGGUUUUGGAAUGCCAAUGUGAGAAGGAUGCAAGAUAGGCAGCUUUAUGUAUUGUUUUCAACCUCAUCUAGUAAUAUAAUUUGGACUAGACUUAACUGAUUAAAUCUGAAACACUUUAA